CGAGUAGAUGGCUUGCAUGUAUUUGAACGAUACACCAGAAGACAGCGGGCACUUGGAAUUUGGACUACCGUUAACUCUAAUGCUUAGUGCAUUCCUCCAGCAUCAGGAAUGGGUUGUGUGACUGGGAUAAGCUUUGGCGGAUUGCAUCUAUGUCAUGCAUAGUAAAUUGGAGCUGCACCAGUACCUCUCUCACAACCGUGACCGUAGAUGAGGAGUGAACUGUUGCCUUCGGUUUCUUCCCCUGGUGCCUGGAGUGAAGUCCACAAUGGCCAGUCCACACCUGGCAAAUCUUGCCCUUGCGUGGGAAAAGUAUAUGGACUGCAGAACACAAGGAGCUGAUCUACAGGUCAGUCUGCAGUGCCUGGAGGGUUUCCUGUGCCUGUUCCACUGUGUGCGACACCUCCACGACACGGCCUCCAAAGAUGCACUGAAGUUCUGCUCGGAUAUGAGCGGGGCCAGUAACACGCUGGCGCGGGAGUUCCUGACGGACGUGCUGCAGCUGUGCAGUACGGUGGCCCAGCGGUCGGAGGCGCGGGAGGAGGAGGAGGAGGAGAGCCACAUGGUGGCGCUGGGGGAGUACCUGGUCCGGGGGCGCGGCUUCCUGCUCCUCAGCACCCUGGACUCCAUCAUAGACCAGGAGCUGACCUGUCGAGAGGAGCUGCUGACCCUGCUGCUGUCGCUGCUGCCGCUCGUCUGGAAGAUCCCGGUGCAAGAGGAGAAGGCUCCAGAUUUCACCCUGCCUUCUCUGUUGGAAGUGUUCCUUAGCCGGGAGGGCAGAACCGUCCCUCUGAAGGCUGGGCAGGAGAAGGCCGGUUCCGAUGCUCAGAACUCCGGCAAGCGUUUGUCCGGCAGUUGGAAGUCGCGUCGGUCACGGCGGACCGCCCAGCGCUACUCUGUGAGGGAUGCACGAAAGUCCCAGCUCUCCACCUCCGACUCGGAAGCUGGGAACUCUGACGACAAGGUCCCCGCUCCGGGGUCCAAGCACCGCCGGUCGCACGGCUCCACGCUCCGCGUGAGCUGCCAGCACCACCAAUCCGACGCCCUGACUCCGCAGUCCCAGCAGGCGGCCGUCAUCCAGCGCAACCUCAACGCCGACGUCAUGAACUCGCUCGAGCGUUCGCAUCCUCACCCCAGGCUCUUCGGGCCGCAGGGGCUGGACAGCGAGAUCCUGAUGGACCCCACCGCCCUCUCCAUCUUCAACCGCAUGGAGAACUCGCCCUUCGACCUCUGUCACGUCUUGCUCUCCCUGCUGGAGAAGGUGUGCAAGUUCGACAUGUCCAUAAACCACAACCCGGGCCUGGCCGUGGUGGUGGUGCCAACACUCACAGAGAUCCUCACGGAGUUUGGCGACUGCUGUGGUCCAGGAGAUGGAGGUGGUGGUGGUGGAGGAGGUGGAGGAGGAGGAGGCGGUGGUAGUGGUGGCAGCGGUGGCAUCGAUGAACUGGCAGGGGGCUGGACGGAGGAGCCCAUCGCUCUGGUCCAGCGGAUGCUCCUGCGCACCAUCCUGCACCUGAUGUUCGUGGACGUCGGGCAGAGCGAGACGCUGCCCGACAACCUGCGCCGCAGCCUGACCGACCUCCUGCGCGCCACCCUCAAGAUCCGCAGCUGCCUGGAGCGCCAGGCCGACCCGUUCGCCCCGCGGCCCAAGAAGACCCUGCAGGAGGUCCAGGAGGACUUCUCCUUCUCGCGCUACCGCCACCGGGCGCUGCUCCUGCCCGAGCUGCUGGAGGGCGUCCUCCAGGUGCUGCUGAGCUGCCUGCAGACCUCCGCGCCCAACCCCUUCUUCUUCAGCCAGGCGCUGGAGCUGCUCCACGAGUUCGUGCAGCACCGCGGCCUGGACCUGUUCGAGGCCACGGCGCUGCGGCUGGAGGGCCUUGGGAGCGCCUCGGCGCAGCGCGACGCCGUCGUCAACGGGAGCGGCGAGCUGGCCGGCGAGGCGUCGGAGCGGCUGCGCGGCCUGGUGGCCAGCAUGCUCAAGAUCCUGGGCGCGGUCAAGAAGGCCAAGUCGGAGCAGCUGCACCAGACGGUGUGCGCCCGGCGCCGCCACCGCCGCUGCGAGUACUCGCACUUCCUGCACCACCACCGCGACCUCACCGGCCUGCCCGUGGCCGCCUUCAAGCAGGCCGCCCGCCGCAACCCCUUCCAGGAGGAGGCGGAGGGCGAGGUGCGCUACCCGGAGCGCUGCUGCUGCCUGGCCGCCUGCGCCCACCAGUGCCUGCGGCUGCUGCAGCGGCUCUCGCCCGCCGGCCCCGCCGUGCUGCAGGUGCUGGCGGGCGUGCAGGCGGUGGGCAUCUGCUGCUGCAUGGACCCGCGCUCGGUGGUGGAGCCGCUGCUGCAGGCCUUCCGGGCGCCGGGGCUGCGCAGCUACCAGUCGCACGUGCUCAGCGUGCUCGGCCGGCUGCUGCUGGAGCAGCUCGGCGGCAGCCGGCCCUCGGAGAGGGCCAAGCUGGCCUCCUGCAACAUCUGCACGCUCGACAGCAGCCAGCUGCCCGGCCUGGAGGAGACGCUGCAGAGCUGCCAGCCCGGCGUCGGGGGCGAGGGUGAGGGUGAGGGCGAGGCCACGCCCGCCGGCGGCGCCACCACCUCCCCGAACCUGUCGUACCGCUCCAAGGGCAUCCUGCCCAGCGGGGCGGCCGAGGACAUGCUGUGGAAGUGGGACGCCCUGAAGGCCUACCAGGAGCUGGUGUUCGGCGAGGACUGGCAGCUGAGCCAGCAGAUCGCCGGGCACCUGUGCCAGCUGACGCUAAGGGGCAACGCCGUGGUGCAGUGGCAACUCUACACCCACAUCUUCAGCCCUAUGCUGCAGCGCGGCGUGGAGCUGGCACACCAUGCCCAGCAGCUGGGCGUCUCCGUCACCUGUACCCAGGCCUGCACGUACCACACCCACUGCCUGCCCAUAGAGGUCCUACUGAUUUACCUGCAGACUCUACCUGCUCUUCUUAAGUCAAGCCGCGUGGUGCGGGACCUGUUCCUGAGCUGCAACGGGCUCAACCAGGUGACGGAGCUGGUGUACCUGGACGCCACGCGCUCCUGGGCCCUCAAGGUGUUCGAGGCGCUCAUCCUGUGCACCUGGGAGCAGCUGGCGGAGCCCUGCGCCCUGCAGGAGCGCGACCGGGCCGAGGCCCUGGAGAGAGACGCCGUGCUGGGCCUGGUGGACGACCUGGGGGCCCGGGACGCCGCCAGCGGAGGAGGAGGAGGAGGAGGAGGGGGGGACGGCCCCCAGAGCCUCAGCAAAUUCUACGAGGGGCUGAAAGAGGGGUAUCCGCGGCGCAAGAACCGGACGGGGGGCGGCGGCGGAUCGACGACGUCGACGACGGGCGCCGGGCAGCAGAGAGGCGAAGCGCAGCUCAACGCCAUCAACCUCUUCCUGUGCGUGGCCUUCCUGUGCGUGAGCAAGGAGGCCGACUCGGACCGGGACUCGGCCAACGACUCGGAGGACACGUCGGGCUACGACAGCACGGCCAGUGAGCCCCUGGGCAGCCGGCUGCCCUGCCUGUCGCCCGAGAGCGUGGCGCUGCCCUCCAAGGAGCAGGUGCGGCGGGCGGCCGACGUCUGGACCGUGUGCCGCUGGGUCUACCUGGCCAGCCCGGCCUUCCAGAGGCAGUUCUUCCGGCUGGGCGGCCUGGAGGUCUGCCUGCGCCUCAUGACCAUGGUCAUACAGAAACUCGCCUGCAAGACCAAAGACAGCGGCGGCAAGCCCAAGAAGAAGCGCGACGCCAAGGGCAAGGCCAGCCCGUCCCACCCUGCCUCCCCAGCUCCAGCGCCCACCCCGACUCCCACCCCCACCCUCACGCCCACGCCUACCCCGGCACCUACCGAUCUGGAGGAGGCCUCACCACAGGAACCACCGGGACCCCCAGAGCCUCCAGCCAACGGCCAGGCGGAGCCCAAGGGCCCGGGGCCCAGGGACCCUGCCCGCAGGCUGGAGGAGGAGUGGUCCCUGCAGAGCAUCCGGCUCCUGGAGGCCCUGCUGGCCAUCUGCCUCCACAGCGCCACCACCACCCUGCAGAAGAUGGAGCCGGACCCCUCCCUGCAGCUGCAGUCGGUGGAGGAGACACUGCGCGAGGUCCGGGACCAGCUCUCACGUUCCGGCGUGGUGAACUCUGACCUGGCGGUGCCGCUGUUCGACGCGCUGCUCCGUGUCUCCCUGGCCCGGGUCUGCUCCAGCCCCGACGCCCCCGAGGAGAAGCCAGAGAGAGUGAGUCUGGAGUGGAGGAAAACAAAUAAGGUCCAGGCCGUUGCGGAGGUGCCCUCGCUGGGCGGCGACCUGUCUGAGGACACAGAGGAGUCUCAGGUGUGUGGGCCCCGUCUGCCCAGUGAGGAGGAGGGCUACGAGGCCGACAGCGAGAGCAACCCCGAGGACUCGGCCCAGCAGGACGAAGGGGUGAAGGUGGAGACGGCCCCGCUGGGGGAAUGUGCGUUUGGGCCGCCGGCGUUGGCCGAGGGCCCCGGCCGCGGCCUGCUGCUGUUCCCGGAGAUCUGCACCAUGGAGCUGCAGCUGCUGGCCGCCGGCUCGCCCGACCUCGACGUGCUCGGCCACGUCCUGCAGAGCCUUCUGGGAGCCGUGCGCAGCAACCACCGCAACGCCGCGCUGCUCUACAAGCAGGGCACUGUGAAAACCAUUCUCACAGGCUUCCACAACAUCUUGAGCCAGUCGGACCCCUGCUAUGAAGAGUGCCAAUCUGUGCUGGUGGACCUCCUGGUUGCCAUGGUGAGCGAGCGGAUCACGGCCGAGGAGCUGGCUCUGCUGGUUCGUCUCUUCCUGGAGAAGACACCGCCCACCGAGGUGCUGCUGCGGGGCCUCCUGCAGAUCGUCCAGGCCAACAUGCGGCUGCAGCCGCUGCACUUCCUGUCCUUCCCCACCGUGCUGGGCCUGCCUCCGGCCGGCGGGGCCUCCCCUGGCCUCAGGCCCAACGGGGUGGCCGGGGGGAAGGUCGUGGGCGCAGGGGUGGCCGGCCUGUGGAGGACCAAGCCGUCUACAGGGUCGGAGAGCCGCCUGGGGCACCUGCGCGCCUCCCCCUGGCACACCGCCCCCCUGCAUCUGCCCCUCAUGGGGCAAAACUGCUGGCCUCACAUGGCCAGUGGCUUCAGCACUGCCCUCUGGAUGCGGGCGCUGAAGUCGGAGGAUGAGGAGGAGAGUCCUGCAGACAGAGGAGAGGAGUCUGCGCCGGCACCCGAAGCCCAGCCAGCUGCCCCUGUGUCUGGGGAGAAAGCGACAGACGACAGCUUCUUCCACGUCUUCUCCAUGGGCUCCAAAGCCCUGAUGCUGCAGGUGUGGGCCAACCUCUCCACCGGCGUCUUCACCUUCAGGAUCUGCAUCGACCCCAACGACGAGAUGAAGGCGGGCUUGCUGGCCCAGGCGGAGUCGGGGGAGGGUCUGCUGACCCCCGGCCAGUGGCAGCACCUCAGCUUCACCUACACACAGCAGCCCGAGGGCAAGAAGAACAUCCACGGACGCGUGGUCAUGUGGGUGUGUGGCGUCAGGAAGUGUGAGCUGUCGCUAGACUACAUGCUGCCCAGGAAGUCCAGCCUGUCAUCAGAUAGCAACAAGACCUAUUGCAUGCUGGGACACUGCGUGCACGCGUCGGAGGACGUGCCCAAGCCAGGUGCACGCUGGGAUAUGGGUACCAUGCUACUCUUCAACGGUUCCCGAAUCGAUACAGACGAAGCUUUCUAUCUGUAUGCCAGCGGGCCUGACCUCACCUCCAUCAUGCCCUGCAAGUAUGGCAAGCCCAGAGGGACAUUUUCCAAAUACGUCACACAGGAGGGUCUGCAGUGUGAGCAAGUGCGUGAGUUGCUCAUGAGAAACGGUGAAAUGGACACUUCACAGCUCAUGGAGAACCUGGCGGUGGUGUUUGCUCCCAGCAGCCCCGGCACGUACACCAUCUACGAGCCGGUGAUCCGUCUGAAGGGCCAGGCCAAGACCGUGGUGUCCCAGCGCCCCUUCAGCUCCAAGGAGGUGCAGAGCUCCGUGCUGGAGCCCCACGCCCUGCGCUCACUGCAGCCCAGCCAGCCGCACGACCUGCACAGCGUCCUGCACAAGAUCGGCGGCACCGGCAACUUCGUCUUCCUCUUCGCCCGGGCUGUGGAGCUGAGUGACUGUGAGAGGACCCAGGCUUUGGCCCUGCAGGUGCUCCUGUCCCUGGUCAAGUUCAACCACCACCGCACACACGAGAUGGAAUGCUACAACGGCUACUCCAUGAUUCACCAGGUCCUCAUCAAGUCCAAGUGCAUCGUGGGAUAUCACAUUCUCAAGACAUUGCUGGACGGCUGCUGCAGUGACUCCAUUCUGACGCUAGGGGAGGACGGACACUUCCACCUGGAUGUGGAGUCCACUGCCGUCGUCCAGGACCUCAAGCUCCUCUCCGAGAUCCUACUGGACUGGAAGAUCUGGGCUAAGGCUCAGUGUGGUGUGUGGGAGACGCUGCUGGCUGCACUGGAGAUCCUUAUCAGAGUGCACCACCCCCACCAGAUGUUCAACGUCCGCCAGCUGCUCAAGGCUCAGGUGGUGCACCGCUUCCUUCUCACCUGUCAGGUGCUUCAGGAGCAUCGAGAUGGGCACCUGACCGCCAUCCCUCAGGAGGUGUGUCUCUCCUUCGUGAAGAUCAUCCAGGAAGUGCUGGGCUCCCCGCCGGACCUGAGCCUUCUCAAGCUGGUCUACAACUUCCUCCUGGCCGUGCACCCAGCCACCAACACCUACGUCUGCCACACCCCCACCAGCUUCUUCUUCUCCCUGCACAUAGAUGGCAAGCUGUACCAGGAGAAGGUCCAGUCGAUGAUGUACCUCAGGCACUCCAGUAGUGGGGGCAAGUCGGCCUGCAGCUCUGUGGUUUCCCUCUCUCCCACCGCCUUUACCGAGGGUGCGCACCACGACGGAGCUCCGUCUCCAGAGCCUACUGCGGAGGACUCCUGCUCUCUGCGGCCCCCGAGCCUGCGUCCCUCCCCCCACUCGUCCCCCACGCUGAGCCCACGCAUGGCCUACCUCAGCCCCGGCGCCGCCGCCGCCACCACGCCCACCCCGACCCCCACCGGAGGAGCCCCCGAGGCCGAGGACGGCGGCGUCUCGCUGGCCGCCAAACAGGUGCUGGGCAGCACGGAGACGCUGAAGCGCGGCGGCGGCGGGGACGAGCAGCUCCUCAGCAGCUGCGAGUCGGCCAAGACCAUCUGCGACUCGGUGGACAGCGCCGGAGCAGCGGGCGGCAUGGAGCGCCUGCGCCCCCCGUCCAUCAACGUGGAGGAGGAAGCGGACGACGACCGCAACAACGACGACGGCGAGCGGGACGAGCCGAGGCCUCAGGAGGAUGGAGCGGGCGGAGGAGAGGCGGAGCACGCGGGCCUGGCGGACGGCAGCCUGAGCGCCGAGUCCGAGGACCGCUUCGACUGGGCGGGGGAGGACGCGGCGCCACGGCGACCCGACAGCCUCAAGGGCAUCCAGUCGUUCCAGCGCAGCCAGAGCAACCUGGCCAGCCUGGGACUGGCCUUCCCCGCCCAGAACGGCUCGCUGGCCAUCGGCCGCUGGCCCAGUGUGGCCGACCGCACGCCGCCGCCCGACGACUGGGAGAGCUACACCUACUCGCCCGGCUACGAGAGGGCACAGAGCAAGGCGGACUCCUGCAACGACAGGUCGAGCACAGAGGACUGCCUGGUGCUGGUGUGCUGUGGGCUGUAUGAGCUGCUGCGGGGUGUGCUGCUGCUGCUGCCGGACCUCAUGCUGGAGGACGUGAUGGACAAGCUGGUCCAGCCAGAGGCCCUCAUCGUGCUCGUCAACCACCCCUCCCCUCUCGUCCAGCAGGGCGUCAUGAAGCUGUUGGACGCCUACUUCAGCCGUGCUUUUAAGGAGCAGAAGGAGAAGUUCCUGAAGAACCAUGGCUUCUCUCUGCUGGCCAAUCAGCUGUACCUGCACCAGGGCACCCAGGGCCUGCUCGAGUGCUUCCUGGAGAUGCUGUUCGGGCGGCCCGUAGGCUUAGAGGAGGAUCUGGACCUGGAGGAGAUGGAGCAGAUCUCUCCGUUCCGGAAGCGCUGCAUCAUCCCCGUGCUGGGCCUGAUUGAGAACUCCCUGUACGAGAACUCGCUGGUGCACAACGCCCUGUGUGUGCUGCUGCAGCUGCUCAACGCCUGUCCCAAGCUGGCCGACAUCCUGCUGGACCACGGCCUCCUCUACGUGCUCUUCAACACGCUGUCCACUCUCAACGGCCUAGAGAACGGGAUCUCCCCUAGUGACUACAGGCUGCUGAUGUGUGAUAUGCAGCAGCUGCUGGUGGCCGUGACCAUCCACUCCUGCAGCUCCUCGGGCUCCCAGUACUUCCGCAUCAUAGAGGACCUCAUCACUCUACUGGGCUACAUGCAGAGCAGCAGGGUCCACCGCACUCAAGAAAUGGCUGUGGCCCUGCAGUUUCGCAUCCUCCAAUCAGCCAUCGAGUUCAUCAAGACGACAGCCAAUCAGGACCAGAAGCUGAGCAACUCGGUGCAAGUGCCCACCUCCCCUCACCAUGCCAUGUACCAGAAGCGCAAGAGCAUCGCAGGUUCCAUGGGGCUGAAAGACUCCAUAAUCCCUCGCAUUCCCCGCCAGCACUCCUAUGGGCAGAUCCCCCUGCCGCCCCAUUUAAGCUUCCUGACCCUGGACUCCCCGAUCCCAUCCCCCACAGGGUCUCCUGGCUAUUUCUUUCCCAGUGAUUCAGGCCGGCGGCGUUUCUCGCUGGUCCAGUCGGACUCCCUGCUGAUGCGGAUGCGCUCGGUGGCCAGUGACGAGCUGACCCAGAUGAUGCAGCGGCGCAUGAGCCAGGAGAACCCCAUCCGCGCCAGCGAGACCGAGCUCGUGCAGCGCCUGCAGCGCCUCGUGGUGCUCGCCGCCAACAGGCUCAUCUACCACGACGCCAACCAGGACUUCUUCGAGCUCCUGAAUUUCCCAGAGUCCCCCGAGCACCUGCCCACCACGCCGGUGUUUGGCGAGCACGCAGCCGAAGAGAACGGCUCCACCCCAACGUCGCCUUUCCCCCCCACCAACAUGAAGACCUUCCAGAAGGACAUCCUCAAGCUCAUGAUGGAAGGCAUCAAAAUCGGCCUGGGCAGCACGGGUCGUGGCAGUGCCCCGCGGCAGCAGUGGCGGCGCGUCCUGUGGUCGUGUCGGGACACGUUCCGCGUGCAGAUCGGCCGGAUGCUCGUCCACUCGCUCAGCCCCGCCCGGCCGCUGGCCCAGAGGAAGGAGGCGCUGGAGUUCGUCCGUGAGCCCAGCCACCCCGAGAUCCUCCGGGAGAGCCUCAGUCCAGGCCUCGAGCACGGGCCCAAGCUGGCUCUGUAUCUGUACGAGUUGCUGCGUGAUCACAAGGACAGCCUGAGCCGAGAGGAGCAGGCAGCUGCCAACACCUUCAUGACCUCCCUCAAGCUGUGCGGCCAUCGCUGCAUCCCCCCCAACGCCCCACCCAAACCAGACCUGCUCAAGGCCAUCAAGGAGGAGCAGCUCAAGUAUGAGUCCGAGGAGAAGACCAGCAAGGGAGCAUGGGAGAAGAAGAUGACCACUACCCAGAAGAGCCUUUUGCAGAGGCUGGACGGCAAAUCCAAGGACAUCUCCAAGAUUGCGGCGGACAUCACGCAGAACGUGUCCCUGAGGCAGGGCAUGGAGCGCAAGAAGGUCAUCCUGCACAUCCGCGGCCUCUACAAGACCGACCUCAGCGCCAGCCGCCACUGGCAGGAGCUCGUGCAGCAGCUCACUCAUGACCGGGCGGUGUGGUACGACCAGGUGUCCUACCCCACGUCGUGGCAGCUGGACCCCACGGAGGGCCCCAACAGGGAGCGGCGGCGGCUGCAGCGCUGCUACCUCACCAUCCCCAACAAGUACCUGCUCAAGGACCGCCAGAAGCUGGAGGAUACAGUGAGGCCCCCACUGGCGUUCCUGGCGGAGGAUAAGACCCACUCCUCCUUCUCCUCUACAGUGAAGGACAAGGCCACCAGUGAACCCAUCAGGUUUACCAGGAGGUGCAUUAGUGUUGCUCCCUCCAGAGAGACUGUGGGAGAGCUUCUACUGGGGAAGACUGGGAUGUACUUUGUAGAGGAUAACGCAGCUGAGGCCCAUGACAUUCAAACUCUCCACGGUGAGACGGAGCUGUCGUCGUUCUCGUGGACGUACGAGGAGGUGAAGGAGGUGCACAAGCGCUGGUGGCAGCUGAGGGACAACGCCACCGAGAUCUUCCUCACCAACGGACGCACCCUGCUGCUGGCCUUCGACAACACCAAGUUCCGUGACGACGUGUACCACAACAUUCUGACGUCGGACCUGCCCAACCUGCUGGAGUACGGCAACAUCUCCGCGCUGACGCACCUCUGGGGCUCGGGCCAGAUCACCAACUUCGAGUACCUGACGCACCUGAACAAGCACGCUGGACGCUCCUUCAACGACCUCAUGCAGUACCCCGUCUUCCCCUUCAUCCUGCGCGACUACACCAACGAGACCCUGGACCUGCACGAUUCAAGCAUCUACAGGAACCUCAGCAAGCCCAUAGCCGUGCAGUCAAAAGAGAAGGAGGAUCGCUAUGUGGAUAACUAUAAGUACCUGGAGGAGGAGUUUAAGAAGGGUGCGCGUGAGGACGACCCCAUGCCCCCAGUGCAGCCCUACCACUACGGCUCCCACUACUCCAACAGCGGCACCGUCCUCCACUUCCUCGUCAGGAUGCCCCCCUUCACCAAGAUGUUCCUGGCCUACCAAGAUCAGAGCUUCGAUAUUCCUGACCGCACAUUCCACUCCAUGAACACAACAUGGAGGCUGUCCUCCUACGAGUCCAUGACGGACGUCAAGGAGCUCAUUCCCGAGUUCUUCUAUCUGCCAGAGUUCCUGGUCAACAGAGAAGGCUUUGACUUUGGCGUGCGUCAGAACAGCGAGCGGGUGAACCACGUGAACCUGCCGCCGUGGGCCCGGAAUGACCCGCGCCUCUUCGUCCUCAUCCACCGGCAGGCCCUGGAGUCGGACCAGGUGUCCCAGACGCUGUGCCAGUGGAUCGACCUGGUGUUCGGCCUCAAGCAGAAGGGCAAGGCCGCCGUGCACGCCAUCAACGUCUUCCACCCCGCGACGUAUUUUGGCAUGGACGUGUCGGCGGUGGAGGACCCGGUGCAGCGGCGGGCGCUGGAGACCAUGAUCAAGACGUACGGGCAGACGCCGCGCCAGCUGUUCAGCGCGUCGCACAUCAGCCGCGCGGCGCCCAAGCUCCUGAUGGAGGGGGAGCUGCCCGCCGCCAUGGGCCUGCUCGUCCAGCUCGCCUUCAGGGAGAACCGCGAGCAGCCCAAAGAGAUCACACACCCGAGCCCGUUGCCGUGGGUGAAGGGCCUGAAGUGGGGCGAGUACGUGGGCUCCCCAAGCGCGCCGGACCCGGUGGUGUGCUUCAGCCAGCCGCACGGAGAGAGGUUCGGCUCCCUGCUCGCCCUGCCCACACGCGCCAUCUGCGGCCUCUCCCGGAACUUCUGCCUCAUGAUGAUCUACAGCAAGGAGCAGGGCGUGAGGAGCAUGCACAGCACAGAUAUCCAGUGGUCGGCCAUCUUGAGCUGGGGCUACGCUGACAACAUGCUGCGUCUGAAGAGCAAGCAGAGCGAGCCGCCCAUCAACUUCAUCCAGUGCUCCCCACUGCACCAGGUGACCAGCUGUGCCUGGGUAUCGGACGGGUGCCAGCUGUUCACGGGCAGCAAGUGUGGAGUCAUUACCGCCUACAGCAACCGCUUCACCGCCACCACGCCAUCGGAGAUUGAGGUGGAGUCGCAGGUUCACCUGUACGGCCACACGGACGAGGUGACGGGCCUGUUCGUCUGCAAGCCCUACAGCGUCCUCAUCAGCGUCAGCCGGGACGGCACCUGCAUUCUCUGGGACCUCAACAGACUGUGUUAUGUCCAGAGCCUCACUGGCCACAAAAGCCCCGUCAAUGCGGUCUCCGCCAGUGAGACGACAGGUGAUAUAGCCACAGUGUGCGACUCAGUGGGUGGUGGCAGUGACCUGCGGCUGUGGACGGUGAACGGCGAUCUGAUUGGCCACGUGCACUGCCGAGAGAUCAUCUGCUCGGUGGCCUUCUCCAAUCAGCCGGAGGGCGUGUCCGUCAACGUCAUCGCCGGCGGCCUGGAGAACGGCGUGGUCAGGCUGUGGAGCACGUGGGAUCUGAAGCCUGUGCGGGAAAUCACCUUUCCAAAGUCCAACAAGCCCAUCAUCAGUCUGACGUUCUCGUGCGACGGGCACCACCUGUACACGGCCAACAGCGAGGGCACGGUGAUCGCCUGGUGCCGCCGAGACCAGCAGCGCAUGAAGCUGCCCAUGUUCUACUCGUUCCUCAGCAGCUACGCCGCCGGAUGAGUCCUGUCCCAUCAUGCACCCUGUCUCGUCUCGCCCCACCCGCCUCUCCGGGGGGGGGGGGGGGGGG